CAUACAAAGAGCACCCAUAUCCUCUCUACUCUCUAGUGGUGCGGUGCCUCCCCAGCCUCGCCGCUUGGUUUCCCAUGGCGAACCAGCUGCCGGUGCAGCAGCAGGUCAACCCGCUUGGACAUGGAGAUCUCAACCAGCAGCGCAUGUGCGCCCCGCGGCAGCGAAACCUGAACAACGUUCCUGUCAUCCACCUUGACAUUGGACGUCCACCGCAUGGAGAAGACGACGACCUGGCCCAGCGCUAUGAGGAUUUCGUGCGAAUAAUCAUCCGCCGGUUAACGAAGAUCUGCCCUGCAACCUAUUACGGAAAGCCAAUUACCCCAUACCCAAAUGCAGCGAACCAUCCUACUGAGGGUCAUAGCUACUUCCGUGUCGUCUUCUUUUCAAGCACCAAUGAUUAUGCGAGAGUGGAAUUCCUGAUAAGGGACUUCGACCUCUAUCUACUGGGACUGAGAAGGCAGCUGGAUGGCGAGUGGUCGCCCUGGUACCGUUUUACACCUUCUCUGGGGUGGCCGUCAUUCCCGAUGGGCGAGGUUGUAAAUUAUAGGUUUGAUGGGGGACAUGAGCACAAGGUUGACAUGGGUGGUCGCGAAACUCUAGAGUUCAUCUUCGACACAAUUUGGACGUGGCACCUGAAUGAUGUGAGAAGCACAAAUCUGAAGCUGGCGGUUGAAAAAGCUUUCACGCUUAUUUGCGAAGCACUACGAUUCCAGUAUGUUUUUGAUGAGCUAGUAAGGAGGAUCCAAUAUGGAGAGGAUUCAAGCCCCCUGGACAUUGCAGACCUGCCUAGCGAGAGAGUCUGGAAGCGCAUUGGCAGCUGGGGCGUCAUGUGUGAAGUUGCCUUAGAAGCAGGCCUCAAUGAUGGCUUGCUAAGAACCAGAGACAAGAUGAGGGAUUAUGACCGAAUCUACCAUAUCAACAGCUUCCUGGAUAUGAUGAAUGGACUCAGUGUUCUGAAGAGGAUCGAGAAAUCUCAUCUGAUCCCGCCGGUGCAUCAGCGAACCCCGGCCUAUGGAAUGCCUGUUCUUGAGCCUGGCUUCAUACCGCUGGACCAAGAGUAUCCCCCAGAUAAUUGGUGAGCAGGCACUCCGGCCCGUCGUGAGCAGGGAUGAAUGGAUGGCUACUUGGUCUCUAUCUCUUAUUGGGCUUAACCCUAUGGUACUACUGUUUAAGUCGAUUUGGAUUUGGUGGUUGUGCAUGCCGGCCACAUGUAAGUGUGUUUAGGAGAAUUUGACAGCUCGGCCGUGCGCGGGGAUGGCUGUGCACGCCGGCUGUAUGCUCUAUUUGUCAGCUAUGUUGUACUCCUAUUAAGACUUGGCAGCUAGGCCGUGCGUAGGGAUGGCUGUGCACGCCGGCUAUUUCUCAGUUAUGUUGAACUCGUAUUCAGACU